ACGUAGAAACUGGACUACAGUUGAGUGGCUUCGCAAUUCAGACGAAGAGACGGCGUCGAACGGUAACAACAAUUAUGGUGGCAACAACUUGAAUGGCGGUGGCAUGAGGGGUAAUUGCUAUAACUGCGGGCAGCCUGGACAUAUCUCGAGGUUCUGCCCGCUUUCGGAUAGGCGACUCAACGACCAGAGCAUGGCGAUAGUACCUGUGCAGACACCACUGACAACCGCUCCAGCUUCCGCUGCAGGCACCGGGGUUCCUACUUAUCCGAAGCAGUACACGAACGGAGGAGGUUGGCUCGAGAGCCGAGUGCGUACGCUGGAAGAUAAGGUGGGGAGGAUCCUAACCAAGCAUGAAGAAGAGGAAGCAAGGGUGCGUGAAGCCAAGGAAGAAGAAGAUACGAGAAAACGCGAACGAGAAGAAGAGGAACGAAGACAAUGGGAGAAGCUAGACAGAGAAGAAUUACACUCUAAAUUGAGUGGCAAGUUGGAUCGAGUGUGCGAGGCGAUCGAAGGAAAAAAGAGCAACGGUGAUGACGACGUGGCUAAAUUGAAGUUGAAGAUUGAAAAAUUGCAGAAAGCGCAGACAGGGAAGCAAGUGGCGACAACAAUCAAAGAGAACGACGGCAACAAAGAAAUGGCAAAACUAAAAGAACAGGUGGAGAUGCUGACGAAGCAGUUUGCUGCUACAGCGUCUACUUCAGGGACUAAAGAUAAUGGGGAAUCGGAAGAAAUAGCGCGUCUUCGAAGAGAGCAAGUUGAUAUGAAGGCAGCGGCAGAUAAGAGGUUUGCGGCCUUAAAUGAGGUUAUCUCAGCCUUGCAACGACAAUGUGAAGAAGCAGAGGCGAGCGCUAAAGCAUGGAAGUCCAAAGCACUACGACCCGGGAACAAGAGGGGCAGUGUAGAAGUUGGUCCUACUCCGGGUACUCAAGCUCGCAAUCGGCCAAGGGUGACAUCGAUUGGGACUCCGAAGCUAGCGACGGGUGCGAGGAAGGAAUCGGAGCUUGAGAUUGAACGAUUGAAGGAGGCGAUGACGCACCUGAAAAUGGAGGAGAGAACGCGGGCAGGAGGGACGAAUUUGAAAACCAAGAUGGAUGAGGCCGCUUGUCCUACGGCAAGAAAAGACAAAGGAAAAGGAGCAAGCACAUCGGCGACCAAGGCGACUCAACGUGAUACGAUUAUAAAGGAGGAGAGGAGAAAGUUGCGCAAUCUUAACAAGGAGAAGAUUCUACUGAUCUGCGAAGAAGAAGGAGUACCUUACACGACUCUUGAGCCUACUAAAGAAGAUAUUGUUCAGCGACGCGCCAAAAAGAUGUUUAACAAAGACGAGCACAAGAAGGAAAAGGAGAAAGAGAUCUCAGUUCUGGAAGUCGCGGAGGAUGACGGCGAAGAUUGCGAAGCGGAUGACGGGCGUGACUCCACGUCUUCUUAGGAUCACGCCCCGGCAUGACUUAUUUAUGGGAAUUGAUCUAUAUAGGGAGCACGUAACGGGACAUCCAUAGUCGUUGGAGAGAACAUGUUUAUCGGUCCUGUCAGUCAACGAUCGUCGACGGUGGUCGGAGAAACGAACGUCUAUAUAAGUGGCUUCGGAGAGACGACACGCUGUCGUAUGUCGCUAUUCCUCUCAGUAAAUGUACGCUUGACAA